UUCUUCCACCUGGUGCCUCUCUCUCUCUCUCUCUGCAUCUCACCCAACCUAACACACACCAUGCCUCCCAAGAAACCAGACCCCAAGAAGGAAGCCCCCAAGCCAGCCGCUGCUCCUGCACCUCCAGCCCCAGAGCCCCCUAAAGAAGUCCCAUUUGACCCCAAAAGUGUCACAAUCGAGUUCGGUGCUGAUCAGAUUGAAGAAUUCAAAGAGGCCUUCCAGCUGUUUGAUCGUACCCCGGGAGGAGAGAUGAAGAUCACUUAUGGUCAAGUUGGAGAUGUUCUGAGGGCCCUGGGACAAAAUCCAACCAAUGCAGAAGUUCUAAGAGUUUUAGGGAGACCUAAAGCAGAAGAAAUGAACACCAAACUUGUAGACUUUGAGACCUUUCUUCCAAUGCUCCAGCACAUUUCUAAAAACAAGGACAAGGGCUCUUUUGAGGACUUUGUGGAAGGACUACGUGUCUUUGACAAGGAAAGCAACGGCACUGUAAUGGGAGCAGAGUUACGCCAUGUCCUCGCCACUUUGGGUGAGAAGCUGCAGGAGAACGAAGUAGAGCAACUCAUGUCUGGGCAGGAAGACGCCAACGGAUGCAUUAACUAUGAAGCCUUCAUCAAGCACAUCAUGUCUGGAUGAAAUGUGUACGGACAAGGUAUACAUUUUGCAUGUUCCCCCGAGCUGUCAGAUAAUUUGUGUAGACGAUCAUGCAGAAUGUCCUGUAACCGUCUCCUAGACACGUCUCACCUGUGAAUACCCUUAAAUGCUGGAAACGCACUUUUUCUUUCUAUGAAGAAAUGUUUGGUGCAGCUGUAAAUUAUUUGGGAUUUUUUUUUCCCUCGGUGAUUUCUCACCAAAUAAAUUUCACAAAAAAAAAAAAAAAAA